AUGCCUUCCAUGCUCGGAGGGGGUGAUUUGGACGGUGACACGUACAAUGUAAUACCGCUGAACAUCCACCCUCAACUGCGUCCAACAAUCACUGUGGAUCCUGCUUCCUACGCCCGUCCAACAAGGAAGCUGUUAGACCAAGACUGUACGCUCAAUGACGUGGCUGAUUUCAUUGUAGAGUAUGUCAACAGUGAUCUUGUUGGUCUCAUCGCAACGAGAUGGUUGAUAAUCGCUGAUCAAAAUCAACGGGGGGUCCUCCAUGAGGACUGUCUAGAACUUGCCCGGCUACAUAGCAAUGCAGUCGAUUAUCCAAAGACCGGGCAGCCUGUCUAUCUGAAGGAAUUACCCAAGGUGCAUUUCUCGCAGAUGCCUGACUGGAUUGCGCCAGAAACAGUUCCCCUCAAUUCUACCUCAUAUUAUCAAUCCAAAUGUGCAAUCGGCCUGUUAUCAAGAGCAGUCACUCUACCCCCUGUGAAAUCCACCGUCCCGAUCCCGCGUCCACAAAAACGUAGAUUGCGACCGGGCAAUCCUGGAAAGCCGUCGAUGGUUCCAGCUUUAGGAACCUUCGUUCAAAACGACGACCUAUAUCUCCUUCUCAAAGGCAUCCUCAGUCAUCAUGGUAUAGAUGUUCACGGCAUCAGUCAAGAGUCAGAAGAUGAAGUACUUCGUAUCUUUCAAAAUUUCAUCUUUUUAUUUGAGGGCAUCACCACGUCGUAUACACUGUCGUCGACAACGGCCCUCGCCGAGGAGGAAGUCAUUCUGGGAACUAUUGCUGCAAAAACCUCCCAUUUCAAGAGCAGAAGGGAGAAGAUGGCUAGACUAAGAGAUCAUACCCAGAUUCUCGUCAAAGACAUGAGAAAUCAAAUUGCCGAGGAGCAUGACUUGAAAACGGUGUGUGAGCGGGCAUGGUCAACAUGGGUUCUUUCCCGCAAACAAGCGGCCCAAGGCAAGUUCGGUGCAUGGAGUUUUCAAUACAUCGUUUUGGGUCUGCUCCUCGAUUCAAUCAAGGAUCUUACAGACGACGAGGAUGAGGACACGAGGACAAGGUUGAAAAGGAAACACAGCUUUGAGGGCGUAUCAGAGCAAAAGCGCUCUCGGUACACAACAACACAGAGAGAUCUGUCCAUCGAGCUUAAUAUGGAGACAGAGUAUACGGAUCAUGAAACGAAUGAGGAAGAGGAUUCAGAAGAGGGUUUAGAGGAAGAUACAUAUGCAGAAUUUUAG